AUGGCUUCCACGGCGAAAUCCGGCCUCGAUGAUUCCCGUCGCAAUUUGGGAUCGCCGAAACUCAGGGGACGAGAGAAUGCAAAAGAUACACUGUGUCGAAACGUGACUAUAUACGGAAAAUGUCGAUAUGAAGAUAAGGGCUGCGCGUUUAACCACGAUCCUCUCAAGUUACAGAAUCAGAAUCAAGUUGACAGGAAGGGAUUGAAUGUCGACUCUCCCAGUUUCACACCAACGUUAUUAGCAGCGAACGGGUCAACACCGAAGAAACCCAACACCAUCUCUCCCAAAGCUGCAAGCGCCGCUCCAUUUCUCCCGAAAGGCCCAGGCUCCAGCGCACAAUCAACACGCUCAGAUGCAGGAAGCUCAGAAUGGUCUGUAGCCGAGAUAGCAGACUUUGUGCCGCAAGGUUUUGAUGGCGGGCAAGUGGUCCCACUUCAAGGUAAUGGAAAUGGUGUAUUGAGUCCAGCACCUCCUUUUGAUCCUUUCGUGACACCGCAAAGCUCCAUAGCAGGCAGCUCUGCAGUCACACCUCACCCUGUUCCAAAUCCGUAUUCGCAUGAAGCAGCAGUUGCUGCUUCAAUGGGGGGUGCCUUCUUUGCGGGGCAAACUGGAUUCCAACAGCCAGUUCAGUAUCAUCUAUACGCACCAAUUGGUCCCCACAGCACAAAUAUUUCAGGAUAUCAACGAAAUGUCCACGACCUUUUCCUGCCCAAUGAUUUCAGGGAAGAACUGCAGAAAAAAGCGGCUGCCACUCUGCAAACGCUACCGAAUUCAUCCUUACCAGCGCACGUGGACCAUUUCCACUCCUUGGUUCCUCUAGACCUCACUCACCAGAAGAAUGCGGCGAUGUUUGGAUUCCCGAGCUGGGUAUACAAAGCUCAGUCGAACAAAGAUGGCAACUUUUAUGUUUUGCGCAGACUUGAGGGCUAUCGCUUGACGAAUGAGAAAGCCAUACGGUCCGUCCAAGCGUGGAAAAGAAUUACGAACGGCAGUGUUGUUACGGUCCACGAUGCGUUCACUACCCGUGUGUUUCAGGAUAGCUCGUUGAUCUUUGUCAUGGACUAUCAUCCACUGUCCAAGACAUUGGCAGAACAACAUUUGGGAGCAGGGAAUCGGUUCAACGCACGCAGCAACGCGCAUAUCCCGGAACAAGUCAUGUGGAGCUAUGUCACUCAGAUUGCAUCGGCAUUGAAAGCAAUCCACAGCAGUGGCCUUGCAGCAAGGAUAAUCGAUGCCAGCAAAAUUCUGCUUACAGGCAAGAAUCGAAUCCGGUUGAAUGCAUGUGCCAUUAUGGACGUCGUACAGCACGACACACAGCGAUCUGUACAGGAUCUCCAGCUUCAAGAUUUGGUCAAUUUCGGCCAACUUAUGCUGAACCUAGGAGUUAGUGCUGCAGGCGCUCUUGGUAGUCCAAGCAAGGCCAUGGAGCAUUUCACUCGUGCUUACAGUCCUCAAUUGAAGAACUCCGUGUUUUGGCUUUUGAAUGGUCUGCAGAAAGACCAGGAACGCAGUAUCGACAUAUUUAUCAGUGGAAUAUCAUCGCAAUUGAUCUCUACGUUUGACUCGGCGCUACAAUUGGAUGAUCAGCUUACUUCGGAUUUGAGCCGCGAGCUUGAAAAUGCGCGAUUGGUGCGACUUAUCACGAAACUAAACUUUAUCAAUGAGAGGCCGGAAUACGAACACGACCGCCAGUGGUCAGAAAACGGGGAGCGAUACUUUCUCAAACUCUUCCGGGAUUACGUGUUUCAUCAAGUCGACGCGCAAAACAAUGCCGUCGUGGACCUUGGACAUGUGCUGAACUGUCUCAACAAGCUCGAUGCAGGCACCGAAGAAAAGGUGACUCUGAUCAGUCGAGACGAGCAAAGCUGCUUUGUAGUUAGCUACAAGGAGCUCAAGAAAGCGCUUGAGUCAUCAUUUCAAGCUUUGCUGAAACCCGUGAGGCGACUGCACUGA